GAACAAAACCGAACGGUCGUUGCCUCAAAUACAUCAGCCCCGGAAGAGGAGAAAAAAAGAAACAAACAAAAAAAAAAGGGAAAAGAAAUACACAGUACAUAUCACAUACGGGCCACAACGACCUCCAUCACCACUUUUCGCGCCGUUAUCCCGCCAUGAGCGCCCACGCCGAACCCGCCCCGCCCAGCGCCAUUGAGGCGCACGGGUCGUCUGGGCACGAGUCGUCGGACGAUGGCGAUGCGAUGCUCGCAGCCAUGGGCUACAAGGCCGAGCUGGUGCGCACACGAUCAACCUGGCACGUCGCCUUCAUGUCGUUCGUGCUUGCCUCUAUCCCCUACGGCCUGGCCACCACACUGUACUAUCCUCUGCAGGGGGGUGGGCCAGUCGUCGUCGUCUGGGGUUGGCUGCUCGUCAGUCUCAUCAUCCUCUGCACCGCCUCGUCCUUGGGCGAGAUCACGUCCGUCUACCCGACCGCCGGCGGCGUCUACUACCAGACCUUCAUGCUCGCCCCGGCCAACUUCCGGAGGGUUGCCGCCUACAUCUGCGGCUGGGCCUAUGUCGUCGGCAACAUCACCAUCACCCUGGCCGUGCAGUUCGGAACCACCCUCUUCUUCGUCGCCUGCGUCAAUGUCUUUGAGAAGGAGCCCGACGUGGGCGUGUGGGAGGGCGAGACCUACCAGGUGUUCCUGGUCUUCCUGGCCAUCACUCUGUUGUGCAAUGCCAUCUCUGCUUUGGGCAACCGCUGGCUGCAUCUGUUGGAUACCUUUGCCAUUUUCUGGACUUUCGCUGGUCUCCUCGCCAUCCUCAUCACCGUCUUAGCCGUUGCCAAAGAGGGUAGGCGCCACGCCGAUUUCGCCCUCGGCGGCUUCGAGGUCACCUCUGGAUGGCCCGCCGGCUGGUCUUUCUGCGUCGGCCUGCUCCACGCUGCUUACGCCACCUCAUCGACCGGCAUGGUCAUCUCCAUGUGCGAAGAGGUCCAGCACCCGGCCACCCAGGUGCCCAAAGCCAUGGUGAUCACCAUCAUCAUCAACACCAUCGGCGGCCUGCUGUUCCUCGUGCCCCUCAUGUUUGUGCUACCUGACCUUGCCAUGCUCGUCGCGCUCCCCUCAGGCCAACCCGUACCCACCAUCAUCAAGUCCGCCGUGGGCUCCUCGGGCGCCGCUAUUGCGCUGCUGAUCCCCCUCAUGGUGCUCGCCAUCCUCUGCGGUGUAGCUUGCACCACGGCCGCCUCGCGCUGCACCUGGGCCUUUGCCCGUGACGGCGCCAUCCCGGGCUCCAAGUGGUGGAAGCAGGUGCACCCCAAGCUAGACCUGCCCCUCAACGCCAUGAUGCUCUCCAUGGCCAUCCAGAUCGUGCUAGGCGUCAUCUACUUUGGCUCCUAUACCGCGUUCAAUGCCUUUUCGGGUGUCGGUGUCAUCUCCUUGACCGUGUCCUAUGCCGCCCCCAUUGCCGUCUCCAUGUUGGAGGGGCGCGCCCACGUAAAGGGGGCCAAAUUCUCCCUCGGCAAGAUCGGCUGGUUUUGCAACACCAUCGCCAUUGCCUGGUCGAUCCUCGCCGUCCCCCUUUUCUGCAUGCCCGCUUACCUCCCCGUCACCGCUGCCAGUGUCAACUACGCCCCCGUCGUGUUUGUCGGCUUCGUUGUCAUUGCAUUUGCGUGGUACGCCGUCUGGGGCCGCAAGAACUACCGCGGCCCGCCGACAGAGAGUCUCGGAGAAGACCCCACGCAGAGUGAGCAUACCGUUGGCGGGCCCAAAAAGGACUAGCAAGGGCUACUUCCUUGUGCCAUGUAUAAUUUCCGCGUAUUAUGUUUCAACGUAUGAUAAGUCGCGAGGCGUUUUGGCGUCGCAUGUCGCAUGUCGAAGGGGUCCAUUCAACACACCGCGGGCCCGUUU